AUGGUCGGGUAUAUUGGCCGCAAUACCAGGUUCACUUUUCUUGAUUGCAACCCUCGCCUCUCAUUCCUCUUGCCAACGAAGGUGUGGCACCUAACUGGGUUAAAAGAGCUUUGGUUGACCAACAACGACAUCCAGGUGCUCCCGCCUCAGAUCCGAGAGUUGAGGUAUCUCCGAACCCUGGGGGUCGGCCGCAACCGCAUUAGUAGGUUGCCCGGGGAGCUGGGGCUGUUGCCUGACCUGGAGCACGUGUAUGCGGAGAACAACUGGCUCAGCACUCUGCCGAAAGAGCUGGCGACGUGCAGGAACCUCCGGGAGUUGCGGCUAGACCGCAACCAGUUCUCGAGGCUGCCCGACUGCGUUCCCGAUCUCCGAAGCUUAGAGGUGCUCGAUCUGAGGGGAAACUCCAUCGCAACCCUCCCACCAGACCUCAAGUUUCUGCGGUCGCUGCUCGACCUCGAUCUCGAGGGAAACCCCAUUGGGCCCGAGAUCCCGGAGGUCCUCUUCGCGUUGGUAAACCUUUCGCGCCUGAACCUGGCCGGAACGAUGCUCGGGCGGGCGCAAGGCAAGCAGCUCGAAGACAGGCUACGUCUCGACGAGCUCUCCGUUAACGCAGGUGCGGCCGCCGGGCCUGAGGAUGCCGAUUCGUCCGUGGAGUCCACACCGUCGCAAGGGAGACAGCAGCAGCACGGAUUCGAGAAAGGGGGGUUUCGAGCUGUGCCCGGGAACAAGCGUGUUAGCCGCCCGACAAGCGUACCGGAGCACCGACUGCCGGAAAUUAGAGAUAAGAUGCCAGGCUACAGCACCCAAAGACUCCCGGGUCUCGACGUGUUGCCGUCAGAUGCCAAGGCGAUGAUGCGAGCAAAGGCUAGCAAGUCGAGAAGGUUCAGCGGCAGCGGCGACGCGUCCAACAGCGGUCCUUCCCUGCCGGGUGCCAGGGGAGGUUCGAGGGACGGGGGGGGCGGUGCUUCGGAAAGCACCAACACCAUGCCGAAGGGGAUCGGAACAGCAAGCCGGGUGGUUGCCGCGGCAACCGCAUGCGACUGA